AUGUCACUCCCGACACGGGAACUCCGUUGGGAGAGCGACGAGCUCCCAAUUACGCCUAGUGCAAUUCACUCCCCACCUUAUACGUACGGCCCCGCAAAGGCCGACCGUCAGGAUGAACUGAGACUGGACGACAUCGCCUGGGAAACCCCUGAUCGGCUCGCCGACCGCAUCAAGUCGGGUGACCUUGCACCGAACCAGAAACCGCCAACCAAAAAAUGGUUGCUUGCACAACUACAUCUGUAUGGCAUUCCCCACCAUAAAACAGGUCGAGUCGACGACCUCAAGGCAGCUUUGGUAAAGGCAUGGAAAGAUGGACAGUGCAUUGACCUCGCGCCAUCCAUUGCUACCGUGCGGGACCGUCUGCAAAAUGAGUACAAUGAAGCAUUCGAACGCCUUGAGGAUCAGCUCUUUCAAGAGAUCGGCGACAAUCCUUCUAGCGAGGCUCAGGGGGAUGAGCGCCGCUUUAUAGCCAAGUACUUCCAAGAUGCUCAGGGGCGUCCGGACAAAUACAAAACCCAGGAAGCGCUCUGUUUUGCAUCACCUGCGUCGUGGGAGGAGCACCGUGAAUGUCUCAAGAAGGCUGUCGGGGCGGUCCCUGGCCUAGCCAUCCAUCUGGUCAAGGACAAAGCUGUCGUCGGCUGGGAGGGGACUAUUCAGCGGGGCAUUGAGACGGAAUUCUCAAGGCUUGAGGAUCACCACAGAACUCACAAGGCUCCCGAGUUUUGUGACUCACAAGCAAGGUAUCAGAGCGAAGAAGCAAAUUUACACUUGGACCUAUUCCUGAGGAAGACCCUUUGCAUCGACAAAAACGGCGAAGUGGUCACCGAAGGUCUCUUCGCAGAACGCUUUGACGACAUCACCGUGAUUGGAUGGGAUGCCAAUAACAUUAAGGUUGAGAUCAAACGAUUGAGGAUGGCCGAGGAAGAGUGGCUGUACCAAGAACAAUGCGAAGAGCAACAGAUGAAGACGAGAGAGGAAGCCGAAACAAAGGCGCGCUGGGACCGCCGAAGCAAACCCUACCGCGAUCUUGUUGCUCGACAACAACGGCCGUGGGAUCCAUGGGACAUCCAACACCUCGUCGGGUCGUACAUUGUGCAUUGGGAUAGUGAGAAACUCAAGGAGUACGGAGAGUUUAACGACCCAACCCGAGAUCAUGAUCUGAUGAGAAUCGACAUCUUCCCAUCCAAGAGUGCAGACGGAGUAAAAGCCUCAUUCCGGUUUGGGCUUUUUGAAGGCAUCAUAAUCUUCGCCAAAUCGAGCCGAAAGCUCGAGCGGUUUAGAAAAUCGCAGCCCAAAGGAUCGUCCGAACCCGGUGAAGACUCAGAUUACGGCACGUCCGGUGAGGAUUCCGAAGAGGACCAUCAAGGAACGAAUAGGCAAUCCGGGACUACGUCUGCGGUGGAUAACGAAGCCAACCUCACGAAAAGGCCACAAACCGGUCAGAAACGAACGAUUGGAGAUAUAUCUGAUCCUUGGGGUGUCAAUGCGGCCAGACUCAAGCGACAACAGCUAGGAAGCACAAGCGCAGGGGCGAAACCCGAACCCGAGCAACGCGAGGAACCCACGCAAAAUUCCCACCUUAACCGCGUCUACUUUCAGUUUGUAGCGAAUCUUGUCGAUGGUUAUCCUGAGGUUGACUACAAAAAUGAAAACCUCGGCCAUCUCGACUUUGAUGAGACGCGCCUGGCUGCUGAGGACAAAUUUGUUUGGCCGAGUUAUUUUGGGGAGGGCGAACCUCAGUCCAUCUCCAUUUUCAAGGUGGCCGAGCAACCGAACCGCGAGCAUGAGCCAGGUGAAUGGUAUAUGUACGAUGGGAGAUCCUGGGGGUUUUUCUGA